AUGAAGCGCGAGCUCUUGCUCUUUCCAAAUGGCUUCCUGUUCCUGCUUGUGCUCUCAUCCUGCAUUGCCUUCCUGCCUUGUCCCUCUCAGGCUUACAACUACCCUCCCAUAGUCAACGGCCUCUCCUUUUCCUACUACAAGUCAACCUGCCCCCAGGUAGAGCUCCUCGUCAGGAGCUACCUGAAAGAAGCUUUCAAGAAGAACAUCGGCCUGGCAGCAGGCCUCCUCCGCCUCCACUUCCAUGACUGCUUCGUUCAGGGUUGUGAUGGAUCAAUACUGCUUGAUGGGUCGGCCGGAGGGCCAAGUGAGAAGCAAGCGCCACCCAACUUGACCCUCCGACCAGCAGCCUUCAACGCCAUCAAUGAGAUCCAAGCUAUUGUAACCAAGGCUUGUGGGUCGGUUGUCUCGUGCUCGGACAUUGCUGCUCUCUCUGCUCGUGAUUCCGUCUCCUGGUCGGGUGGGCCCGACUACUUGGUUCCUCUCGGCCGGCGCGACGGCUUAACCUUCGCCACCAUGGCCACCGUCCUCAAAUUCCUGCCGUCCCCUAACUCCAACGUCUCCUUCCUGAUCAUCUCCAGAGCCGGUCCUGGUUGUUUAAAGGCCCUGGGCAAAACUAUUAGUUAUGCCCCAAUUUUAUCUUUCCACCAAAACUUAAACAAUGUAUUCAGCAGAGUGGUUAAGAAUUAA